AAUCAAAAGAAGAAGAAGAAACAAUUUUCUCUGUUGAAUGCAACUUAAGUGAUGCUAAUUGCAUCUAACGUCUUUAUCAAUAUAAUGAGCACAUGGAAGUUGAUACAGCGACGGUGUUACGAUUUGCUUUCGUAUAAGUAUUCAUUGCUCGUGGUAUUGAUAGCGUUUACUUGUAUAUUCAUCGGCAUAGUACAUUUUGGAGAGGUAUGGUUAAUAUGGAGCAAGGAAAAAUAUGAAGCGGUUUUUCAUUCUUUUAAUGAUAAUAUUUUGGGAAAAUCUUUCCAAAACAAAUUGUGUCAACACGUUCCUAUAGAUGUAGUGUACACAUGGGUAAAUGGAUCUGAUCCAAUGUUUUUAGAAAGCCUUCAAAAGCAUGUUUCAAUUAUGGAUCUUAGUGCCGUAGCUUCAAGAUUCAGUGAUAAAGACGAAUUGCGUUAUUCAUUACGAUCGUUAGAGAUGUAUGCACCCUGGGUGAGACAUGUUUACAUUGUUACCAACGGUCAAAUACCAAGUUGGCUUGAUAUGGAUAAUCCUCGGGUGACUCUAGUCACUCACGAAGAUAUUUUUCUGAAUAAAAGUGAUUUGCCAACUUUUUCUAGUCCUGCUAUUGAAAGUCAUAUUCAUAGGAUACCUGGAGUCUCUGAUAAAUUUUUAUAUUUUAACGACGAUGUCAUGUUAGGUGCCGAAAUCUGGCCGGAGGACUUUGUAACUCAAGCAGGUGGACAAAAAAUAUACCUGGCAUGGUGGGUUCCUGAUUGUUCUGAAAUCUGUCCAUGGGCAUGGGUCGGCGAUGGAUCAUGUGACUAUGCUUGUAAUACAACAUUAUGCGAAUUUGAUGGCGGAGACUGUCAAACGACUGAUGCACCUAUAGAUAGCGAGAUAAUGGAAGAGGAAGAUGAUUAUCCUUACAAGUAUCUGCAAGAUUCUCGUGAAAAUAAUGAGUUGAAACUAUUAAAUAUAUUACGCAAAAAAAACGUUGCUUACUCCUCGCAAAAAAAUGCAUACAGAGUAUCCAAAAUACAAACAUUGCAUUCGUAUAAUUUUAAUAUUUCUUCUAAGUCAAUCUAUAAGUUUCACAAUCUCGGAAAUAGCAGUUCUAGGGAAUUACAAGCACAUAGUACAAAAUUUGACAAAAAGGAUUAUAAAUCUACAAGAGAUUUUAGACCUGUAUAUUCCAAAUUUUUACAUGCAAACACUUCGAACAAAACUGCAUAUCAUACCAAACAAUUGAAACAUUAUCGUAAUAUCAUGAAUAGGGCACAGUCCAACAAUUCAGUUAAAUUCAACAAAUUUACAUAUCCCAAUCAUUGGAAACGUAAUGCACGAGGUUUGGACACUUAUGCUGAGUCUUUGCUAUAUGUUAAUAAGAUAUAUAAUGCAGCUUAUGGCCUCGAACGAAGAAGAGUGCCAGCACACAUGCCACACUUGAUAGAUAAAUGGAUCGUAAACAGUAUGCAAGAGAAAUUUGAGUCAGAAUUUAAGAAAACAUCUAGUCAUAAAGUGAGAGAUUCCGAAGACAUGCAAUUUGCAUUUUCUUAUUUUUACUUUUUAUCUAGUGAAAAACGAAAGGUAUCUGUCGGGGAGAUGUUCGACAUAUUUGACACUGAUAAAUCACGAACUUGGUCAGACAGAGAAAUAAGGACGCUUCUGUCAAGAUUAUACCCAUUGCCGCUCGAUUAUAAUUUAAUUAUGGAAUUCGAAAGUGAGAUAAUAAAUUGUUCACAUCGCAUAAAUCUACCAAAACUUAUUGAGAUUCCAGCCGAAGAAAGAUACCUAGAUUCUACUCUCCCGAUAGUUUCUAAAGAAUUGAUAUUGAACUGUGAAACAGUUUUUAGAAAAAUGCAAUCAAAAUUUAGCAAAAGUAAUCAUUAUCCGCAUGAAAUAAUAAAAGCUGGAAAAAAUGAAAUUUUCGAGAUGUUGACCAGCAACGUUUCCUUAACGGUACAAUUGCUCGAUGAAAUUCGGAGAGAUCCCAAGAAGUUUAUCUGUUUGAACGAUGACAUGGACCCCAUUAGACGUUCUGAGAACGAAAUUGUUCGCGCUUUGUUAAACGAUUUUUAUCGUUCGCUGUAUCCGCUGCGAAGUACUUUCGAAUUACCGUCGCAAUAUCGAAAUCGUUUCUCUCAUCUACACAAACUCCUUGAAUGGAGAACAAAUCGUGCUAAAGCUAGAAACUUGUUACUGUGCCUUCUAGCGUUGCUCCUUAUGCUUACAUUCUAUCAUGUACUCUAUCAUCAUAUGCGCAGAUUGUGCAGAACUCGAGAAUUAUCUACAUUUCUUGUGUGA